AUGUUUUUGCAAAAGGAAUUGCAUUUGAUGCGGAAUGUGGAACUUCUGUGCGAGGAGAUCAAACAGAAGGAGAAGGUGGUGAAUCUGUUGUUCUUGAGUAUUGGGACGCUGGAGUAUGGGAAAGAUACGGAAGAAGGGCUCCACUACCCCAGCGCCUUGACCUUGUACGCCCGUAACCACAUCAUCUCUCGCCUCCUGCCGCUCCUCCAGCGCGCAAAGCACCUGCGCAGAGUCGUUACUGUCUUCUUUGGUGGCGGCUGGGAAGGCAGUAUAGAUUUCUCGGACUUUCAAUCCCGAGGUCAAAGCCGGAUGAGGAGCCAGGGGCAGAUGGCUGCUAUCACGACUCUCGGCUUACUCGUGGCGUCAGGAAUCGCGAGAGGCGAGAUUGGAUGGUUCAUGCGGACGCUGAAAGUCAUCGCGCAUGUUCUUGCUCCAUUGGUGGAUAUUCCAUUUGCUGAGGCGGGCGAGCGCUUCGUUUUCCUCUGCACUAGUGCGCGGUAUGCGGAUGGUGGCGUCGAUGGGACUCUGUUACUUGAGGGGCUGGAGAUUGGGAAGGGUGUUGAUGGGAUUGAGGGUAGUGGAGUCUUUUCGGUGGAUGAGAAGGGCGAAUAUGCUGGGCCGAAGUUGGUGAAUUUGGUUAAGGAGAUGGAGAGGAGAGGAGAGGUUGAGAAGGUCGGGAUGAUGUUGGCAGGGGGUAGUAUGAAGGCGAUGCUUCUUGAACUUUGA